AUGACGAGGAAUCAACACGGUCUCCGAAAGGUCGCUUCGACCGCCGACCUCUACUCCGAUCCGUCUCCCCCCCCAAGGCAAGCCAACCUCUCCCGCGCCUUCACUACCGUCCAGCGACCCCGUCUGAACCCCUUCAUCCACUCUCAAAUAGCCCAGCAGGCACCGUCAGUCCGUCACAGCAUCGCUGCACCGUUCGACAACCUCAUCGAUUUCGACGAUGACUUUGGCCAACCGCACAGACAACAACGAUCGCCAACUCCGCCUCCCGUACCGCCGAAAGUCAAGAUAGCCCCGGCGCCUGAGAUACCGACUUUUGCACCACGGAAGGAAGAGAGGCCGCCGAGGGAGGUGAAGAGGGAUGGGCCUGAGAAGUAUACGAAGCCAUUUUGCGACUUCUUGACCGAGAAUCCGACCGUGUUUCAUACGGUUGAUGCUGUAGGCAAAGACCUUGAGAAGAAUGGGUAUAAGAAGCUGUCUGAGCGUGAUAGCUGGGAUCUCAAGAGGGGAGGGAAGUACUAUGUUGAGCGGAACGGCAGUUCUUUGGUUGCUUUCGCUAUUGGAGAAGGGUAUGAGGCAGGUAAUGGGGCAUCCAUCAUGGCCGGCCAUAUCGACGCCUUGACUGCAAAGCUCAAGCCUAUCCCAAAGCUGAGGACCAAGGCUGGAUACGUGCAGUUAGGGGUUGCGCCCUAUGCUGGUGCAUUAAAUAAUACAUGGUGGGAUCGUGAUCUUGGAGUCGGAGGACGAGUGCUGAUCAGAGAGGGUGGAAAGAUCGUGACAAAGCUGGUUAAGCUCGAUUGGCCGAUUGCUAGGAUUCCUACACUAGCACCUCAUUUUGGAGCUGCUGCCCAGGGACCCUUCAAUAAGGAGACGCAGAUGGUUCCAAUUAUCGGUCUUGAUAAUUCCGAUAUGUCGGGUUCGGAGGGCGAGAACUGGAAGCCGAGUUUACUUGGUGGAGAAGGUGCUUUCACGGCGACUCAGCCUCCACGACUUGUCAGAGCUAUCUCCAAGGAGUUAAACGUCACAGAUUAUUCAAGCAUCGUAAAUUGGGAACUCGAGCUCUUUGACUACCAACCUGCCACCAUCGGUGGCCUAGAAAAGGAAUUCAUCUUCGCAGGCCGCAUCGACGAUAAGCUCUGCUCCUGGGCCGCUAUCCAAGCCCUCAUCAACAGCACUUCCACCUUCUCUCGCACCCACUCCGCCUCCAGUCAAAUCAAGAUCGUCGCGCUCUUUGACGAUGAGGAAAUCGGCUCUCUCCUCCGACAAGGAGCUCGCGGAAACUUCCUUCCUACCAUCGUCGAACGCAUCGUCGACUCCUUCGCCUCAAAAAGCGUAUCCAGUCUCAUCAAUCGCACAUACGCAAACUCCUUCCUCGUCUCCUCCGACGUCUGCCAUGCCGUAAACCCCAACUUUCUCGGCUCCUACCUCGAAAACCACGCGCCGCGUCUGAACAUCGGUCCGGCUGUGACGUUCGAUUCGAGCGGCCACAUGACGACCGAUUCCGUCUCGGCCGCUAUUCUUACGCGGUGCACUGAAAGCACGGGGUCUAAGUUACAGGUCUUUCAAAUCAGGAAUGAUAGCCGGGGUGGUGGCACAGUGGGGCCAAUGUUGAGUGCGCAUAUGGGGGUUCGCUCGAUUGAUUGCGGGAUUCCGCAAUUGAGUAUGCAUAGUAUUCGCGCGACGACGGGGAGCUUGGACCCCGGGCUCGGGGUUAUUGCAUUUCAGGGCUUCUUGGAGAAUUUUGAGACUGUGGAUGCGGAGUUUAAGCCCUAGAGGAAGGGUAUAGUGGUGAAGAGAGAGGGGGAAAGGGGUGAAUGGAGGGGAUUCUUAGCGGCGGGAUGCCAGAGACUAGAUGUAACAUACAUACUCUUGCAUUAGUUUCGGAAAUAUGGGACUUGAACAGAUAGAGCGUACAUGCAGAUGAGCGGGAGUUUGGGUGUAUUAUUAUUGGGAACAGCUAUGGCCAUUUUUCUUUGCUUUCCUUGCGCUUUACUCUCUUACUUAAGUAUUUCGAUGGUUUUCUCUCGAGCAUCUCGCCCAUUAACGCCGAGUUUACCUCAUUCUUGCCCUCCCCGCUAAACGGCUUCCUCAGACCUCAUCGCCCACAUUAAGCUCUAGAAAGAAG